CACUCGGCGGCAGUUCGUCCUAAUAAGGCGCAUUGCGCAAGGCGCGCUGCGCCCCAGAGUUCGCUGUACGCAUCCAGCAGUACUUGACUGCACCACAAACAGAUAUGGAGACGCGCCGCGCGCGCUGGGCGCGAGUUAGCUUGUUAGCAGCCGUUGCGUGCGCUGCGCCGCGCACGCCGCGCGCGCGGGUCGCGCGGCCGACGCCGCUUGCCGCGCGCGCCAUAAACGUCGAAGGCGGCGCGCGAGAAGCGGACCGCGACGCCGUGGACACGGAGAAUCGCGAGCGCUUGUCAGUACCGGUGUCACAGCACACAGAACGCUUGUCAGUACCGCCCCGCCCGCCCCGCGCGCGGGUCAACACGCCGUCGGGCUCCACGACGACGACGACCCCAAAACACACAGGUACGAAGCCUACAACAGCCUCCACAGCCUCGCGAACGCCUACCGCAAGCCCUUCGAGGUGCCCGCGGUCGUCGUGGUCGGCGCCCAGUCCGCCGGGAAGAGCGCGCUCGUCGAGGCGCUCAUGGGCUUCCAGUUUAACGAGGUCGGCGGCGGCACGAGAACACGAAGGCCCAUCGCCCUCCAGAUGCACUACAACGCGGCCUGCGACGAGCCCGCCGUGUACAUCAUGGACGAAAGGUUCGUGGGCGGCGAGCCGGUCGCCGACGGCGCGCCCCACGAGCGCCGAGCGACCUUGGCGGAGGCGCGACGCUUCAUCGAGGAGGAGAACCGACGAUUGGAGCGGGACGCUCAUAGAAGCUUCGAAGCGCGGGAGAUCGUCAUUCGCGUCGAAUAUAGACAUUGUCCCAACCUUGUUUUAGUGGACACGCCCGGCUUAGUAGGUGACGUGACCGCCGCGGACGAGGCCGACGAUGCCAGAGAUAGUCCUACGAGAAGGAACCUCAAGCUGCAAGCGCGAGAAGCUUAUGAGUUGGCUCUGUCGAAAGCAAAACAACGGUCCGCCAUCCUGCUGUGUAUUGAUGACCACAAUGAUUGGGGCCUCGCGUCGGCGGCUAGACGACUCUGUGCCGACGCGGACCCGACGCUGGCGCGAACGGUCGUGGUCAACACGAAAUUAGAUACGAAACUCGUCCAGUUCAGCGGCGCGAGGGACAUCAUGCGCUUCCUGCGGGCCGGGGUUUUACAAGAUCUCCACCCUCGGUUACUCGCGGGACCCUUCUUCACGUCCGUGCCGUGUGGGAGAGUAGCGUCACCAAUCAGCUCACAAGGAGACGUUUAUGAGAGAAGGGACGACGACGAGGCCUGGUUUGCGGGUGCUCCCGCUGAUGAUGGUGUGGCCUAUCGGCAAGAUGCCGAAUUCAGAGCCGCCGUCGCGCGGGCGGCACGGGCGGACGCUUCUUUGGUGCGAGCGAAACUGGGCCACCAGGGUUUUGGGACCGUGCAGGACCGGUUAGGUGUUCAUGCUUUACGCAGAUUCCUCGAGAAGCAUGUCGAGCGCCAGUACCGCGCGAACGUGGCGCGCGUCGUGCCGUUAUUGCGCCAGGAGCGCCAGGCGACGGAGGCGGCCCUGAAGGCGGCGGACGAAGAAUUGGCCGCAUUGACGCCGGAGCGGUUGCGGAGGUCCGCCGAGGCCGUCGCGGACAAGUUCUGUAGGUCGCUGGGGGCGGCGGUCGCGGGUUCCGUGGCGGCGGAGACGAAUAUUUAUGGCGAGCGGUUGGCUGAUGAACGCGUGAGCGGUGGGGCGUUCUUGGCGCCGGUCGAGACCCUCGUCGAGGAGGACGAGGACGUCGAGGAGGACAGUGGUGAGCGCGUUCUCAGGGGAGGCUUCUUCCCCACCACUUCCAGUAGAAGAACACCAGGCGUGCGGGCCGCGGCGGCGGCGUUCGUGCAGCAGCCCGACGUGGCACAGGGCAAAGCCUCGAUGGAGCUCACGUUAAGUCAAACAGCGUUGGACGGUGCGGUCGGCCACGCCGACGCUGCUCUUUAUGGCGGCGCCCAGUACCGCCGCGCGUUACGGGAGUUCGCUCUAGCCGUGAGACAUUUAUCAUUACCAUCGGUCGGCAGCGACGAGAUCGCGAAUGCCCUGGGCGUCGGCGACGCGCACGACGGCGCGGAUUUUGUCAGGGCGUCCUGCGUGAUCGCGGUGGACAAGGCGCGACGAAGCUUCGAGCCGCAGCUGCGCACGCUGGCGCACCGCGUGUCGCACGUCAUGCGGCGGCUGCCUCCUGCAUUAGAAAGGAUGAUGGAGCUGCAGGGCGGCACGCCGUCGCGUCGGGUCUUUUCUGAGGAAGAGCCGGCGCCGUCGACGUCCGACGCCGUGCGCGAAGCGCGCGGCGGGCCGUCGACUUUGAGGAAAGAAGCGGACGGGCCGUACGAGGCUGUGAUGAGAUUAGUAGCGUCGAUCUACGACAAGUACGUCUUGGAGCUUGCGGAUCGGGCGGUAGCGAGAUGUCGCGACGAUUUGGAGGCCAUGACGCGCUUCGUGACCUGGGAUCUGGCUUCUUCGUCGGAUGCGACGUCGUCGAUGGCCGCUGCUCUAGAACCCACACCUGACUUGGCCCAGAACGUCCAGGCGGACAUGGCCGCGGCGCGGUCGGCCUUGGACAAUCCCCGCUCUUCCAAAAAGAGCAAAGCUAGAAGAUGGUUCAGCGCCAGGGACGAGAGUGCCGUGGAAGCCGCGAUCGUCGACGACUGGCGCGACGCGUUCGGCGAGCAGAACGACAACGUCGACGUGCUCAAGCAGACGCUGGCGACGCCGAUUGGCUCCUUGUCACCGGUCACGCCGCCGCACGAGGUCGUCGGCUCUCUGGUUAGACGCAUCGCGGCGGCGUGGCGCGAGCACUUCGCGCGGACGGUCGCGGUGAAGUUCAACUGCUUCUUCCUGAUGCCGUUCGUCGACGACUUUCCCCUGUAUCUGCGGGAGCACUUGGACGACGAGGUCAACUCGAGCGAGGGCUGCCCGGACCUCUUUGAUGUGGCUAGAGCGCGAGCGGCUCUAGAAAAACGGCGCGACGACCUCGCCAACGAGCUGGCGGCGAACGCCAAGCUCUGCGACACGUUCGACGAGAUCCAGCGGGCGUGCGUGAGCGAGGCGUUCGACUAGAUUUCCCCCUUUACCCGCAAGAAGCGGGCACCCCAUCCCCUUUCAUCGCGUCGCGUGUAAGAGAAGAAAAGCUACUAGGACCCUCGUUUUAGUCGUUCUUGUACUUGGUCGGGCUGCGUCGU